AUGGAAACCAGAAGCCGUGCUGAGCGACGCUUCGCGAUUGAAGACGGCACUCGGAACCCCAUCGACGAACGUGUGCAGCGUGUUGAGGAGACGUUGAACGACAUGGGCGAGCACCUGGGCCAAGUCAACCAGCGUCUUGACCACAUUUUCGACGGAAUCAACUCGCUCGUACAGACGACUGCUGCUGCUGUCGCCGAUCUGCAGACGCAGAUAGGCGUGGUGAACCAGCUUCAGGAGCUGGUUCAGCAAACUGCCAAUGCAGUCGCCCAGAUGGAGCGGCCUACGGCGGCGGCAACUCCGAUUCAUCAGCCAACGCCUAAUGGCGAGACGGAUGUCGACAUGACCGCGCCGACGACCCGCAAAUGGCGGAAGAUGGACACCAAGCCACCGACUUUUGAUGGAGAUAUUGAUGGCCAAAAGCUGAAAAGCUUUGUCUUUCAAUUCGAGUCGUACUUCACUUUCAAGGGCUACAACCUGGAGGGUGAUGAUUCAGAUCUGGCUCGUGAACUAGGCCAGUGCGUCAAGAAAAGCGCUGCUACAUGGUACGAAACGUACAUGACCAGAGACGAUGCCACAAGCUGCAGUAGAGGCAGUGAUUCCUUCACCGCAGGCCACUGGCACUGGGGAUAUCUACGAUUUUAUUCAGAUUUACACAUGGCCAUCAAGCGUGGUUAA